AUGGAAGAAAAAAGAAGUACCAAUUCUCCUGGCUUUGAUAAACCAAAAUUAAAUAGAUCAGGAUCAAUUACAUCUGCAACCAGUCACCCACCAAGAUCAAAUUCCAACCCAAAGUUGGUUGCAAAACAUCAACAGCAACUUUAUGAAGAAUCAAAAAAUAAAAGAAAUCAAGAACAACAAAAUCAACAACCUCAACAACAACAACAAAAACAAACAUCAAAUCAAUCAGAAGAUCCUGCUACUCAAUUAUCUUCAUUGAAAUUUGAAAGUGAUAAAGAAAAAGAACAAGCUUUACUUUGGGCUUUCUUGGCAAGCUAUCUUCCAGAGGAUAAGGGUUCACUUCAAAAAGAAUUUGUUAAACAUGUUGAAUAUACUUUGGCUCAAACCAAGAGUGAAUGUACUGAUUUCUCAAGUUUCCAAGCACUUUCAUAUUGUACCAGGGAUAGACUCAUUGAGAGAUGGAAGGAUACCAAACUUUUCUUUAAACAAAAGAAUGUUAAACAAGUAAACUAUAUGUCUUUGGAAUUUUUAUUGGGUAGAUCUCUUCAAAACUCUCUUAGUGCAUUGGGCUUAGUUGGUAAAUAUUCUGAUGCUUUAAUGGACUUGGGUUUCAAACUUGAAGAUCUCUAUGAUGAAGAAAGAGAUGCAGGUUUAGGUAAUGGUGGUCUUGGUCGUUUAGCUGCAUGUUUUAUGGAUUCAUUAGCAACUUGUAAUUUUCCAGGAUAUGGCUAUGGUUUACGUUAUAAAUUUGGUAUGUUUUAUCAAACAUUAGUUGAUGGUGAACAAGUUGAAUUACCAGAUUAUUGGUUAAAUUAUGGAUCACCAUGGGAAAUUGAACGUUUGGAUGUUAGCUAUCCAAUUAAUUUCUAUGGUAAAGUUAGUGAAGUUGAAGAUGAAAAUGGCAAAAAAGUUAUGAAAUGGGAUCAAGGUGAACAAAUGUUAGCCGUUGCCUAUGAUUAUCCAAUUCCGGGUUUUAAAACUUAUAAUACUGUUGCAAUUAGACUUUGGAGUUCAAAACCAUCUGAUGAAUUUAAUCUUGAUUCAUUUAAUCGUGGUGAUUAUUUGGGUGCCAUUGAAGAGAAGGAGAAAUCUGAAAACAUUACCAAUGUCCUCUAUCCAAAUGAUAAUACUAUGCAAGGUAAAGAAUUACGUCUUAAACAACAAUAUUUGUUUGUUUCUGCAACCAUUCAAGAUAUUAUCUCUCAAUUCAAAGAAACUGGUAAACCAUUUUCAGAGUUUCACAAUUUCCAUGCCAUUCAAUUGAAUGAUACUCAUCCAACACUUGGUAUUCCAGAGCUAAUGAGAAUUCUCAUUGAUGAAGAGAAAAAGAGUUGGGAUGAAGCUUGGGAUAUUACAACAAAGACCUUCUCAUAUACCAAUCAUACCGUUCUUCCUGAAGCAUUGGAGAAAUGGAGCGUUUCAAUGGUUGAAAAUGUUUUACCAAGACAUAUAAUGAUUAUCUAUGAAAUCAAUGAAAGAUUCUUAAAACUUGUUGACCAAAAAUGGCCAGGUGAUAUGUCAAAGAGAAGAGCUCUAUCAAUCAUUGAUGAAUCUGAUGGUAAAUUCAUUCGUAUGGCAUUUUUGGCAAUCGUUGGCUCUCAUACAAUUAAUGGUGUUGCUUAUCUUCAUUCAGAAUUGGUAAAACAUGAUGUAUUCCCAUUGUUUUAUGAAAUCUGGCCAAACAAAUUCCAAAAUAAAACCAAUGGUGUCACUCCAAGACGUUGGAUUCAACAAUCAAAUCCUCAACUUGCUGAACUUAUUACUCGUUCCUUAAACUCUGACAGAUGGUUGGUAAAUUUGGAUAUCAUUAAAGAUUUGGUUCAUUUGGCUGAUAAUUCUUCAUUUCAAAAAGAAUGGAUGGAAAUUAAACGUAACAAUAAGAUUCGUUUGGCCAAAUAUAUUGAAAAGAGAUGCGAUAUUCAAGUUAAUGUUGAUGUAUUAUUCGAUGUUCAAGUUAAACGUUUCCAUGAAUAUAAACGUCAACUUUUAAAUGUCCUCUCUGUUAUCAAUCGUUAUUUGGAUAUUAAAGAAGGUAAAAAGGUUGCUCCAAGAGUUGUCAUUUUCGGUGGUAAAGCUGCUCCAGGUUAUUACAUGGCAAAACUUAUCAUUAAAUUAAUCAACUCUGUAGCUGAUGUCGUUAAUAAUGAUCCAAAGGUUGGUGAUCUUCUCAAGGUUGUAUUCAUUCCAAACUAUUGUGUUUCAAAUGCUGAAAUUAUUAUUCCAGCUUCUGAUAUCUCUCAACAUAUUUCAACCGCUGGUACUGAAGCAUCUGGUACAAGUAAUAUGAAAUUCAGUAUGAAUGGUGGUCUUAUCAUUGGUACUUUGGAUGGUGCAAACAUUGAAAUUCGUGAUGCCAUUGGUCAUGAAAAUAUGUACAUCUUUGGUGCUCGUUCUGAAGAGGUCAACAAAGUAAAGAAAAUUAUUCAUGAUGGAAAAUUCACACCAGACACUAGAUGGGCUCGUGUUUUAACCGCUAUUAAAGAAGAUACUUUUGGUCCACAUGAACAAUUCCAAGAUAUUAUCAACUCUGUUAGUGGUGGCAAUGAUCAUUACAUUCUUAGUUAUGAUUUUGGUUCUUACUUGGAUAUUCAAAAUUCAAUUGAUCAAGAUUUCAAAGAUAGAGCUAAAUGGGCUAAAAAAUCAAUUAUGGCUUCAGUUUGUUGUGGUAAAUUCAGUUCAGAUAGAACCAUUAAAGAGUAUGCUCAACAAAUUUGGGGUAUUGAAGAAUGGAAGAGACCAGGUCCAGUUCCAGUUUCAAAUGAAGAAGCUCGUUCUUUAUUAGUUCCACCACCAUCUGGUUCACCAAAUGAUAUCAAUGCUAUCUCAAUUGAAAGAUUAUCACCUUUAACUUUUGUUAAACAAACUUCUGCUUCUCCAUUAUCUGUUAUCUCUGGUGGUGAUAAAACCAACAACACUUUAAAACCAAAACAAACUACAAAAGGUUUUAAUAUUGGUGGUCAACCAGGUAAUCCAACAAAUUAA